AUGGAUGAAUUGGAUGACAUUAAUGACCAAACAACGUUAUCCUCAUCAACGUUCGACAUUAGUCAACUUCCAGUAUCUUUCCAAUCUUUCUUGAAAGACAAUGCUAUUGAUCCCAAGAUUUACACUGUAGAUCAACUUCCUCGGUAUAUACGCUGGAAUACUCACUUACCACUGGACCAACUACCUACUCUAGACCAACUCAAGACACAAUUCAAAACCAACCAUGUAUGGAAAGUUCAAGCAAUGAAAGGAUUUUUUGGUAUUCAAUUGGAAGAUAAUUUACCUCGAUUGGUAGACAUUGCAGCAUAUCAACAACAUACAAUUUUUGGUAUUGAUUUAAGUUCGGCAAUAGCGGUGGAAGCUCUUGAAUUACAACCUGAUGAUCAUGUGCUUGAUCUCUGUUGUGCACCAGGGGCGAAACUAUGUAUGAUUGCCAAUGUACUGGGAUUACAAGGAACAGGGACAGUAACGGGUGUGGAUAUUGCAAGUCAUCGAUUGGCAACAUGUCGUUCUUUGGUGAAAAAGUAUCGUGUGGGUUCUCGCGUUCGAUUGUAUGAAGCGGAUGGCACUACUUUUGAUGUUCCUGCACCUUCUCGUUUGGGCUCUAUUCUAUUUGAAGAAGAUGAAAGAAAAAACAAGAAACGGAAAGUGGAUGUUGGUUGGAAAAAACCUUUUUGGGCUCCUAAAACAUUGCGACAUGAUGCUUCCACUACACAUCGACUCUAUGAUAAGGUCUUGGUGGAUGCUGAAUGUACUCAUGAUGGAUCGAUCAGUCAUAUUCUCAAGGUAAAUAUACAUAUAUAUAUAUGA